CCCACGCGACGGGUUUCGCAGGCCUCCAAUCAUGUUCUUUGAUGAACUGCGUUCCGAUAUGCCCUUGCCGCUGCGAUUCGAGCGACUUUUCGAAACCCAACUGCAUACAACUGUCCCCUCCUACCCCACCGCUAAUCCCGCACUUCCUUUAGUUGAUUGAAAUGUGGUCCAUCCCAAUCAAACCAUUGAUUAGCCUAGCAGCUCAUCAGACCUCCCUCUUGCAGCGCUCCAAAUCGACUUUGCUCUGUUUUGCCAACGCGAUCGACUUCAUCAACGACACACCUGUUCACGGAUUAAACUCAUCCAGAAUGUCUAAGAACCCAUCCUCACUUCCUCCCACCUCUUCGCGCGAUUCUUCAUCCUCAUCCGACUCCUCGACUACAUCAUCGAGUCGUUCAUCGGCCACGGGUAUCCCAAACAACCUCGGGGCUUCAUCUAGACACCCAGCCGCCUACACAACUGAGGAGAAAGUGAUCAAUUAUUCUCAAGCGGUGUACGAAUACACACAAGAACUUUGGGAAAACGCACGGCGACAAGCUGAGCUCGAGGCUGCCAAUCGGGUUCGAUAUGCCGCUUCCAACCCUCUCACAGGCCACACCACCAACACCAGUGGCAAUACAUCCGCACGCCGGAGACGUGAUAGCACCGUCGUACCAGCUCCACCUAAGUGAACUAAUCUUUUCAUUUUCACUUCUUGGUUCGUUGAGCGCCGUAUUCACAUCCCUUACGCCUCAGAUCCUGUAUUCCCCUUCUCCCUGUAUUACUUUCUAUUUCCGACGCUCCUCGUUGUGAUAUUUCGGUCCGGCUGAUCAUCAUGGAGCUCCGUGUACCUCUUUUCAUGUUCGUUUCACUCUGCACUGUAUUAAUCACCGAA